UAUAUGCAUUGGUGGUCAGAUAACAAUUAUUAUUAAUAAUAAUAAAACAUACAUUUUGAAAUCUCGCCAAACAGGGACAAAAUAAUAAUCGGUGUAAAGUUGGCUCAGCGUUUGUUAUUCGACAGUGAAGAUGGGUUUGAACUUUAUGAUAAAGAAUAGUGUAGCUUGUUCAUGUGUCUAGUAUAUAACAUGCUAUGUUUACACGCCCAUGUUAAAGAUGCCGAUUGAUGCUGUUCUGUAUUGGCUAUACACUGCGUGAGCGCCGCGAACCGAAAGCAAUAGCACAGUUUGCUCCAGCUGUUUGGUACAAAAGCCUGUCUGAGUCCAGCUGUGUGCUGUUUAUGCCUUUGCGACAGAUGCAUUGCUCCGUAAAUGACAAGUGUGUUCAGCAUGUUCAGCAAAUGUGUCCCAAAAACAAUGAUGAGGAAUCCUGCGAGGAAGAGAUGGACACAUCUGAGCCUAACUGGCAUUGGUUUUACUUGGCUGAAUGUGGAGUGUGGCACAUGUUUGAGAUUGAUCCCAGUGCAGGAUGCUCAGUGACCAGCGAACAGAUUGAAGCGAACUACAACAGGAAUCAGCAUGGGUCCAUGGAUUUCUAUACACCGAAAUAUAGCUACAGAUUAGACUUUUCAGUUAUGAAGCAAAUCAAUGUCACGACUGGAAAACAGAGACCAAUAAAAAGGGCUCUACAUUCUGCCACUGGAUUUAGAUUUAUCUGUGAUAACCUGGCUCUGCCAGUCCCUUGUCACUGGGAAAGAGUUAACACAGAUGAGCCAUAUCAGCUCAUCCCUCUGUGCAGAGACACAUUUGAGUACAAAGAGGUGGCCAGGCUGUAUGAGAGGACCAUGUCUCAACCUAUAAAAUCCAUUCAGAGGAUACAGAACCUGGAUCUGUGGGAGUUUUUCUGCAGGAAAAAGGCUCAGCUGAGAAAGAUAAAACGUAUUAUAGACAUUGAUGAGAGGAUGCUGUUUCACGGGACGGGUCACAGUAACAUCCAGGCUAUUUGCACAUAUAACUUUGAUUGGCGACUUACAGGAAGUCAUGGUGAUGUCUAUGGAAAAGGAAGCUAUUUUGCUCGUGAUGCCAAGUACUCCAGCAAGUUCUGUCACUCCACCAGCAAACAUAACUUCACACUGCAAAGACAUGGCUUGGCACCACCCAUAUUCCAGAGUGACCCGCCGUAUAAGUGCAUGUUCCUGGCACGGGUAUUAGUAGGGGAAUACACAGUAGGUCACCCGCACUUCUGUCGCCCACCCUCCAAAGACCUGAGCAUUGCCAACUUCUUUGACAGCUGUGUGGACGAUAUGGUUAACCCGAAGAUCUUUGUAAUAUUUGACAGCAACCAGAUCUAUCCUGAAUACCUGAUUGAAUUCUACUGAUGAAGAGGCAAAGGACAAUGUGGACUAGUCAUUUAAUGAAGACACAGGAACAGUUGCCUCAAAUACAACAGCAAAACCCUGGUAUGAAGAGCCGUGACUUUCCUGUGUGUCAGUGCCAAAGUUAAGGUGUGUACAUGUUUGUGAUGAAAAUGACUCAUGUAAAACAGGAAAUGUGGGCAAGUACAUACUAGGAAUUCCAGUUCCUGAGGGCUAGAGUCAAGCACAGUUUGCCCUUUUCCCACCAUCAAUAUAUUCUUUUUUUUUUUCUUCCCCCCCCCCCCCCCCCCCACACACACACACACAGUUUGGUCUACUCCGUUCCCACCCACCAGCUAACUCUCUCCUCUAUCACAAACCAGCUACCAGCCAAUGAGGGUGGGGCAAACAUGUGCUUCCUCCAAACCAACCUUAUGUUUUCAUUGCUGCUCAUGCUGUGUCACAGGGCAGUAUAAAGAAUUCGGAGGAAAGCAUUUUCUGCCCUCUUCUGGAUACAUGACCUCAUAGAUGCCCAUGAUUGGCUAGUUUCUCUGUGACUGACUGGGGAGAGACCGUAUGCUAUCCUUCCCAUCCAGCAAGCAUGGCCUCGAGCAAAUUUUGCUUUCUUGAAUCCCGGACAAUGAUGACGAUGGCAACAUCGGGAUUCGUAGGCUGCACACUUUUUUCUGUUGCGUCACUCAGGAGCUAUGUUUUCAUUUAUAUUUACAACAUUUGACAGACACUUUUCGAGACUGGCUUACAGAACCACUUUGUGAUGUACACUGAAAACAUAUCCUUAUGAAUAUGUCAAGAUCUGGUUAUGCAAAUCAUCACUAAAUUAGUAGGUGUCUUUUGAGCAGGGAAAUAAGUAAACUGUGCUGAACUCUGUCUCCAGGACUGGAGUUGUACACCUGUGAUAUUGACUGUGAAUCAUUUUUAAUCCAUGCUCUUUUUAGGGCUGCACAAUAAUAACAAAGAUAAUUUCAGUUAUUUUUGCUCUGUACCGAGAUCAGUAUUACACUACAUGGUCAAAGGUGUGUGUGUGUGUGUGUGUGUGUCCAUGAUCGUCACACCCUCCCCCGAACUGUUGCUACAAAGUGGGAAGUAUAAAUUGUACAAGAUGUAUUUGUAUGCUGGAACAUUAAAAUUUCCUUUCACUGGAAUUAAGGGGCCCAGACCUAUUCCCCUAUAUAUAUAUAUAUAUGGGGCGGCACGGUGGUGUAGUGGUUAGCGCUGUCUCCUCACAGCAAGAAGGUCCGGGUUCGAGCCCCGUGGCUGACGAGGGCCUUUCUGUGUGGAGUUUGCAUGUUCUCCCCGUGUUCGCGUGGGUUUCCUCCGGGUGCUCCGGUUUCCCCCACAGUCCAAAGACAUGCAGGUUAGGUUAACUGGUGACUCUAAAUUGACCGUAGGUGUGAGUGUGAAUGCUUGUCUGUGUCUGUGUGUCAGCCCUGUGAUGACCUGGCGAUUUGUCCAGGGUGUACCCCGCCUUUCGCCUGUAGUCAGCUGGGAUAGGCUCCAGCUUGCCUGCAACCCUGUAGAAGGAUAAAGCGGCUAGAGAUGAUGAGAUGAUAUAUGUAUGUGUGUGUGUGUGUAUUUAUUUUGUGUGUGUAUACAGUAUGUGUAUGUAUAUAUGUGUGUAUAUAUGUAUAUGUUUUAUAUAUACAGUGUAUAUAUAUAAUGUGUGUGUUGUGUGU